GAUAUUUCACAUUUCGGUUCACGGGGUUCACGGCGUCUUCGCGAAAAAUCAUUUUAAUCACCUUUUACCGCGUUAAAAUGUGUAUUUGUGCCGUGCGUAUGACCCCACGGAAUACUUAAGUAUCCACUGGUAGUGUCUAAUUGUUAUUGGAUGUGCUGUACUUGUGAAUAAUUGAGUGGUAAUCAAUAAUUCUAUCUGUGAACAUUUUAGUGCAACGUCUCUCGUAAAUUUUUGAUCAAUAGUCUUUUUUGGGGUCCUCCCAGCCACUUAAGACUCCUGUCUGACCACCUAGGAUACACCAAGGAGGAGAAUUGUAUGUUUAAAGUGCUGAGAAAGUGAGUGAAAGGUGAGAUUUUGAGCAGGGAAGAAAAAAGUGAGAGAAAAGUGUCAGUGAACAGAGCUUGCCAUCGCCAUUUUAUGCAAAACACUGGCAACAUCGCAGGAACCAUCGGACGGUAGUUUUGUUCAAUAAGAAAAAAACACCUCAAAAAGCCACCUGGAAGCUGCCACAGCAGCCCCAGUGACCAUCUGGCGAGGAGUCUGACUCCCCACCCAUCAUCCCCACUUUCAGAUUGUACAGAAAAUUGUGGAAAAGUGCGUGAAAAUUGAGGGUGAAGAAGGGGAAGUGAGUGUUAAGUUCUGUGAGUCUCCCUCCUCCGGACGGAUCGAUCGAUUGGGGGAGAUUUGUGUGAGGCAGAAUAGGUUGUCUCUGGAAUCACCGGAUGUGAUGUUCCAAGUUCUUCAAGAACUCAGCAAUACACUGCAUCUAUCUCAGCAAUCGUAGAUUGGCCAAGAAGUGACCUAGAAGCUUCAAAAAGUCACUGAGAUUUCUGUAAUACGUGUGGUGAGAAAUAUGGAUGUCGAAUAGGACAGUGUAACCAAUAAAGUCUCAUGGCACGAAUUUUCACGCAAUAUUUAUGAACGUUAAGCAAUUGACGAGAUGAAUUCUCAACUGGGUACAGCAUCAGAGUCAACAAUGGCCAAGGAUCAGUUGCCACCGACACGAAAUUAUGGGGAUGCAUCGAUGGGGUAUCAGCAACAGGGAAAUCCUUAUGGGCAACAGUAUCAGAGUCAAAUGGGUGGGCAAUUUGGUCAGCAGAAUCCAGGUAUGAUGGAUGAGCAUCAUAUGCAUCAGUUUGGGCAUCAGAAUCAGGGACAACAGAGUCUUCAGGGUGGCGGCAUGUACAAUCCCCAGGGGCGUCAGAAUGCUGCACCCCCAAAUCCCAUGAUGGGGGCAUAUGGGCCAACGGGGUAUGGAAAUCAGGGUGGGAAUAUGAUACUACCGGGAAGAGAUCAGUAUGGGAAUAUGAGUGGGUUUCCGGGUAAUGCUGGUGGGAAUCAAUUUAUAGGAGCUGGAGGAACAAAUAUGCCACAUGGGAUGUCACAGAUGAAUCAGAUGGAAUUGAAUUAUAGUCCGGGAAAGCAGGAGGUGAGUAAUGAAAAAUCCUCACAGGAUCACUGGAUGUGUUGCGAAGAGUGCUUCAAAGUCAACCCAACCUUGCAGAUGAUGCCGAUGAAUCAGUUGCCACUUGGUCAGGCGGGAGGUGGUCAUCAUGCAAUGGGACAGGGCCAGAUGGGACCGAGUGUGGUGCAGCAAAUGUCACAGAUGGUCGAUAUGAAUCCCAUGGCUAAGAUGCAGGGCAUGGCAAAUGGGUAUCAUCAGACAAGGCGAAUGGCACCCUAUCCAUCUCCCAUGAUGCAUGCCAGUCAGAAGCGUUCGGGAAUGUAUCCAAUGACUCCUCAGCAGAAUGUUCCUAUGGGGCAAAUGCAGCAAUUUGCCCAGCAACAGGCUCAACCACCGCCACAGCAACACUUUGUGCCACUCCAGCAGCAGCAGCAGCCUCCGGGUCAGGGUUAUGCUCGAGGAAGUGUUCAAGGUCCGAUGCAUGGGAAUUAUGGUAGGGGAACUAUGGGAGGGGCAAUGAUGGGGCAACAGCAGCCUCAGCGUGUUUCCAGUGCCAUUCCCUAUGCCUCGCCUCCGUACACUCAGGGUCCGGGUACGGGGAGUCCACAGUACCCGAAUCCGGUAGCGGGUACAGCCCUACCGAGUGGUAGUGCUGGAAAUUUUCAGGCCAACAUGCAGCAGCAGAGUUUGCAGCCAGAUGUUCGACUUGGGUAUCAGCACAGUCCAGUUCCGGGCAAUCCCACUCCACCGCUCACACCAGCAUCCCUCAUGACACCCUACAUCAGCCCCAAUCCCGACGUGAAACCACCCAUCAGUCACAAUGAUGAAAUGCGAUUAACUUUUCCGGUGAGAGAUGGAAUAAUUCUUCAGCCCUUCCGUUUGGAGCACAAUUUGGCCGUGAGCAAUCAUGUGUUCCAAUUGAAGCCCAAUGUUUAUGGGACAUUGAUGAGUCGGGCGGAUCUUGAGUUGCAGCUCAAGUGUUUCCAUCACGAAGAUCGACAGAUGAACACCAAUUGGCCGGCAUCGGUGCAAGUGUCAGCCAAUGCUAUACCCCUCAUAAUUGAUCGUGGAGAGCCAAAAUUGUCCCAUAGGCCUCUCUAUCUCAAAUCUGUUUGUCAGCCGGGUAGAAAUACCAUACAGAUCACCGUGAGCGCAUGCUGCUGCAGUCAUUUGUUUGUCCUACAACUCGUUCAUCGGCCAUCAAUUAGGCAUGUUCUUCAGGGGCUUCUGCGGAGGAAUCUCCUUGCGGCUGAACAUUGUGUCAACAAGAUUAAAUGUCACUUUCAGCAACUUGCGGCAACGAAUCGGCCUCCGGAUGGUGAUGCUGCCAAUCCAGCUAAUGGUGACAGCUCCUCAGAAACUUCUUCGCAGACGGUGACUCUUAAAUGUCCGAUCACCUUCAAGAAGAUCUCCCUGCCAGCACGUGGGCAAGAGUGUCGGCAUCUAACGUGCUUCGACCUCGAAUCCUACCUUCAGAUCAACUGCGAAAGAGGCAGCUGGAGAUGUCCCAUUUGCAAUAAAUCCGCUCUAACAGAAACACUAGAAAUUGAUCAGUACAUGUGGGCGAUUCUUAAUUCAUUGAGUACGCAGGAUGUUGAUGAAGUCAUAAUCGAUAGUGGAGCCAAUUGGAAGGCAGUGAGGAAGAAUGUUGCCAUAACUAAGCCGGAGAACGAUGCUGAGAAUAAACAAAUGAACAGCAAAGUUAUGAGUCCGGGAUCAACAAUUUUGCCCACUUGGGAUAAUACUCAAGCCAUGAGCCCCUACAUGUGUCCAGACAUGAACACAAUCGCCAGUGGUAGCAUGAUGACCAGUGGCGGAGGUGGGAAUGUAUCUGGUGCAAAUAAAAGUUCUUAUGACAAUUUCUAUAGUAGUGGCUUGAGUGACUCAGCCAGUGGAAAUUUGUAUUUGAACAGUGAUAUGGGCACUGGAACAUCACAGGGGAAUCCCCUGGCCAAAUUGACGGAUUCGGUGAAUUCAUUGGAUCCACUGGAUGCCAUGGAGAAGACAUUGAAUGAGAAGAUGCCACCGACACCAGGAAGUAUUACGUGUCCAUUGACACCGGGUUCAUCGCAGCACAAUAACAGUGGUGAGAUGACACCGACGAAGAUCCCACCGAGCAGCUCAAGUAUCACCAAUAGACCCAGUAGCGCUCAGCAAUCUCAGCAGCAUUCCAGCACGAUGCCGGGUACACGGAAGGGAACGGAAACAGAGGCAGCAGCAACGGGAGGAGGCGGAGGAGUCCUACCCGAUCCUAGCUUCUCAACGCCCGACAUGUCCUUCAAACAAGGCGUUCUUCAGGCUGUCAUCGACGGAGAGGCCAACUCUGACUUAAAUUUGCAACUACUUUCGGACAGUAACAUUGACGCGAUGGAAUUGCUUUCAUAUCUGGACCAUCCAACAAAGGAUCUCAAUACACCACCGUCUAGUGGAUCAAGCAACAAUCCCAACAGUGAUGAUCUUCUGGCAUCGUUGUUCGAUUGAUCCGCAAAGUGAGAGGAAAAAGGAGCAAUUGAGCGUAAAGGAAGGUAAAACGAUAGGCAAAAAAACAAACAAACAAACAAACGUGAUUAUUUAUGAGAAAAUGGAGUUGCAAAGAGGUUGGUAGGAAAUCAAAAAGAAAAAAGAAGCAAACAAAUAUAUGAAAAAUGAAAAAAAAGUGAAGAGAGACAGACGAAGAUAAAAAUAAGUUUCUAUCUCUGAUAAAACAUUGAACUCAUUUAAGUAGUAUUACUACUCUUGAAGAAAAGAAACAAAAAGAGAAAAAAAAACAUAAAUUGCACGUAUAAAAUAUCUAUACAUACAAGUUGAAACAAUUUACAUCUAAAUUAUCUUAAAACUAAUCUGAAUAACUUUUAUUUAAUUAUUUAUGCUUGAAUUUUUAUGGUAAAAGCUUUAUUCUCUCUGCUAUAGCUAUGGACACCUUUUUAUUUUUUUUUAAUAUAAUUUUUAUUUAUUUAAAAGCUUCUCCGAGGGGAAAAUUUUUCACAAAAUUUCUUACAGCUCCAGGGAAGACAAUUGUAAAUGAUUAGGUCAGUGUCAAAAAACAUUUUACCAUAAUUUUCAAAUUUUGAAUAUUUAUUUCCUUUAUUUCGAAUAAAAAUUACACAGGCUGGGUCGUCCUCAUCCUUGCGAACCAGAUGACCAGCCCACCGGAGUCUAUUGAGGCGUAUUUGCUUGACGACAGUUACCUCUCGGUAGCGCUCAUAUACCUCAUAGUUGUAUAGGCUCCGGAAUCGUCCUACUCUCAAACGCGGCUAAGAUUUCACUAUUCUAUUUGCUUAGGACCCACGUCUUCGACGAAUACGUGAGGACUGUCAGGAUCAUAGUCCUAUACAGCAGUAGCUUAGUCUUUAUGCUUAAGUUUCUGGACCGGAAAACUCUUGAUAGACUGAAAUAGGCCUUGUUGGCUUUCAGCAGCCGGGCGCGGACUUCUGUUGAGAUGUUGUUGUCGGCUGUGAUUGUUGACCCGAGGUACAUGAAGGAGUUGACAACUUCAAAGUUGUAGUCCCCCAUGGGGAACCCUGUUUGACCGAUGCUCUCCGUGAAUGUUGCCGGAGUUGCUGCUGACGAGGUUACCAUGUACUUUGUUUUGCCUUCGUUUAUCUGUAGCCCCAUAUUUCGUGCCGCAUGUUCAAUCUGGAUGAAGGCCUCUUGUGCAGUUCUGUGAUUGUGCCCCAUAAUGUCAAUAUCGUCAGCAUAGGCUAGGAGCUGCGUGGACUUAUUGAGUAUGACCCCCCUCAUGCUCACGCCGGAGUCACGGAUCGCUUUCUCCAGUGCCAGGUUAAAGAGGACGCACGAUAGUCCGUCCCCCUGUCUGAGUCCGUUGUUCACGUGAAACUCUCGUGACAGCGAUCCGUUUGCCUUUAUUUUGCUCCUCACAUCGGUCAUGGUUAUCUUAGUCAGUCUAAUCAAUUUGUUCGGGAUGCCGAAUUCUCCCAUGGCUUCGUACAGUUUUACCCUGACUAUGCUAUCGUAGGCUGCUUUGAAAUCGAUGAAGAGAUGGUGAAGUGCUUGGUCAUGCUCUGUCAUUUUCUCCAUAGACAGCCGAAGGGAAAAGAUCUGGUCUGUUGUUGAUUUGCCUGGAGUGAAACCACAUUGGUAUGGUCCAAUAAUGGUCUGAGCGAAUGGGGCUAUUCGACCAAGCAGAAUAGUGGAGAAUAUCUUAUAGGCGGUACUCAACAACCCCGCAACGAAAAGAUUCGCGGUUGAAUAGGCUGCGACGGUGGCGGCCUCCUAAUUUGUUCGGAGCGCGGUGGCCACCAUGAUAAACUUCUUCUAGUUCAGAGCGGUGGCCACCGCUCCAGCGCCACUGAAUGUGCAUUGACUAGUAGUCACAAAGGGUCACGCUAUGUUAAAUUCCCAUAAGGUGACUGGUAGUUGUUCAGGUAUUCUUGUACUGUGGUACCAACUGCGAACUUUCGUUGCUGGGAACGUAAUACCCCUAUAGUGGCUAAAGUUUGUGAUAUCUCCUUUCUUAUGUAUAGAACAGAUAAUGCCAAUUUUCCAUUCGUCUGGCAUUACCUCUUCGUCCCAUACACGGAGCACUAGUUGAUGAACAACUCGGUGUAGUUGGGCGCCUCCUUAAUGGUACAGCUCUGCUGCAAUUUCGUCUACUCCUGGUGCUCUGUUGUGUUGCCAACGGAUUGCUAUUUCCACCUCGUCCAUUCUAGGUGGCUUUAGUAUGGUAUCAACACCUUGAGUUGUUGGGACCUCCAACUCAUCGUUGAGCUGUCCGUUGAGAAGUUCAUCAAAGUACUCCACCCAACGCUCCAGGAUGCCAUUCUGAUCGGAAACCAGGGGUGACAUGAUAACUUAUUUUCGAUACUAUCGACUGUUGAUUCUAAAAAGUUUAAACGAUAGCUGCACUUCCUGUGACCAGUAUAGAUGUUUAUCAGCAGUCUCAUUCUUUUAAGAAUGUCGCAAUGAAUGGCCCAACGAUCCCUAAUAAGUCGACAUUCACUUAAUAUAACAGAUAUAGAUUUAUCGAUAUUAUCGAUUCGACAGUGUCGAAAAGUUAUCAUUUCCACCCCAGGGGUGAAAUGAUAACUGUCCCAUUGCAAUGCAUCGCUAGUGUCGAGUAUCGAUUAUGGGCGACCGAGAUGAUAACUUGCAUUUUUUGUCGCUAAUGUCGACAAUUCUCGCCACUAAUUUAUCGACACCUCUAUAGCUGUCGAUUUGUACUCUCUAAGGGAAAUUUAAUGAGCAUUUUACAUUUUUUUAGUAUGUACAUAAAUAGAUAGAUAGAUUCAUUCUGGGGGCAGCAAGCGGCUUCCAUCCAUACACGUGCAGCUCCAGUCACAACUACAGCCGCUCCAUGUCCUCGCCAACUCGCCAGCUACAUCCAGGUCUCCGUUUGGGCCCCUUAUGCAUCCCCUUUAUGGUUGUCCCUUACGGGUUGUGUGUAUUGAUAUUGAUAUAUUGAUAUAUUUAUAUUAGACAAGCCGGCUUUAAUUUUGGUAGAUCAUUCCAGUCUAGCACCACUUUUCCAAGUAGAGCUCGUCUGGUGUUGUAAAGGCUGGGACAGCCACAUACAUAAUAUAGGACCGUUUCCUCAGCGUUGUCACAACCUCUACAGAUUGGAUUACAUUCAACACCCAAUCUGUUGAGGUAUUUGUUUAGACAGUGUCCGGUAAGAAGAUCAGCAAACUGCCGCGCUUUGCAGUGUUGACGAAGAAGUUGCGCAUAGAUCCAUUAUGGCCAAAUGGAACAUAUUGAACAGAAACUCAUGAGUUGUCGGAGAUGACCACAAAUUCGUUACCUUUCUUUUGGACCUUCUGCCCUUCCCUGAGAACUAUUAAAGUUCACAAUCCAAAAAGAAUCCGCGUACCGAUGGAACAAAGAAGGAUAUCAUUCUUGAAAUUCCUGGAACCAUUUCUUCAGUAUCAUUAGUGCAAUGUGUCUUCGAGGGUCUGUUAUUUUGUAAAAAUGCAAGGCAAACAGAAAAGAUACGUGUAAAUAGAUAGAUUUUUACAUAAAUGAUUUUUUUAUGCUCACACAUUUUCCGGAAGCUUCAAAGAGUAAUUUUCAUAACGCGGUUUUUGCGUCUUCUCGUUCAAAAUGAAUGUUUAGUUUCCCCAAAAUCACACUUUCCAUGAAAAAUAUUUUCUUUGUUAAUUUUUUUUUUAAUUUUUAAAGCAAUAAAAUCAUUCAUUGCAAUAUAAAAACAAGCGAGAGUGAGGUUAUAUUUCACUGUCCCAAAGUGUCACAAUAACGAGCCGAUAAUUCGUGAUGAGCCGACACUCAUUUCAUCUCAUCAUUUGGAUCUAACGAUAAUAGAGAUUCGAUAGUGUCGAAUCGAUACUAGCGAGAGCCAAAGUUAUCAUUUCACCCCAGAUUCCCCUGUUUGUCCUUAUAGUAUGAAGUUCAUGGCGUAUAUGGCUUCAUACCCCGGACUUGCUGGUAAAACUUCCGCGCUUGGUGCCGCUGCGCUCUGUACUCCUCAACUGCACUGACUAAUUGUUCUUCCCAAGCUUUUUUCUUGCGACUGGAGAAACAUGUUUACAAAAAAAAGUUAUUGUGCGCUGGGUUUAAUGCCCAAAGCACAAUAACUUGUUUUGUAAACAUGUUUUUGACAUUUCAAUGAGAGUGAGUGAGAUCUAGAUCUACGAUCUAGUCAUCUCGUUCACUCAAAUAGGAAAUUUUGAAAACAUUUACAAACAAAAGUUGUUGUACGUUGGGCAUAACUUGACCGAAUUGUAUUUUUCAGUCUUUAUUAACCGAUUUCUGUAAAAUUUUAGUAUGUUAUAUCUGGGAUUGAGGUAUUUCCAAAGAUGUGUCGCAACCAUAGCCAAUCCGCUCUACCUUACCCCAACUUGACCCUUACUAUACCGAAAUUGACCGGACGCUAUCUCAAAUGUUUAUUAAACGAUUUCAAGCAACUCUUUUGUUAUUUAGUUAUUUUUCUAUAUUCAAACUAUUAGAAUGCAAAACGAUCAGUGAUAAGUUCAGAUAAGCUUAUGGUAGCUGAGAUUCUUCUCUUUUCAACCUUGUUGAGAUUCUCAAUCACCAUAAGGCCUGUUCAUUUACAAUUUUCACUCUUCUUUGGAGCUGAUUUAAUUUUUAAAAUAAAAGAAAACCACCGAUUUUCGCAUCAAAUCACUCUCCCUUAACACUGCCAUUCCUUGAUGAGAAUAUACAGUUUGCUGAAUGUUCUGUGGUUCUCUAGAAUAAAAAGAAAUCAAUGUAGACAACAUAAGAAACAUUUAUCAAAUUGUGAAUCAAAGGAUACAAAAAAAUAAUGGGACGAAAAAAAAACAUUAUCCUAACAAAAUUUAAAUAAAAGUGGUCCAUAGAGAAGAAAUGCAAGUUAGUUAAGAUGCAUAGGAAGCAAAACAUUUUAGUUAUUUAUCAUAAGGAACAAAAAAAAAGGUAAAGAAAGAGAGAAAUUCAAAAUAGAAAAUUUAGAAAUUUCAUUGAAGAUCUUUCACACGAUUUUUUUUAUUAAUAUUUUAUUUUAGUGUAUGACAAAAAGGGAUAAACUUGUAAUUUAUUGUGACUCUUUUAGAAUUUUUUUUUAAAUCAAUCCAAAAAUAUGACUAAUUUAUUUCUUUUCUUUUUUUAAAUUAAUUCUUCUAUUUUAGGGUUUUUUAAGUCUAAUUUUUAUUAUUUUUGCACCUAUUAAUUUUGCUACAAAAUGACACAUUUAAAUUCGAAAAGCACACUUUCGUUGUUUUUUUUUUUUUAAUUAAUUUUAGAGGAAAACAAAAAUAUUUAAUAAAUAUUUAAUAUUUUUUCGCUGAAAGUCGGGAAAAUUGAAAAUUGAGGUGUAUUGCCGGGUGAUUGUGCCAAGUUGUGUCAUUCAUACGAAUUAUUUAAGUUUAAGAUGAGAAAAAGAUUGAAAAAAGAUCAGCGGAAUAAAAAUAGUUAAAAGAACAAUUUCCCCUCUUUAAUCACAAUAUUUUGUGGUAUUUUGUAAAUAACAAGGUUUAUUGAAAAAAAGAAGAGAAACAAUAGUAAUAAAUCAGUAUAGAGAGAAAGAGAUUAAGAAAAAAAAUAUACUAUGCGGCAUUUUUUUCCUUGUGUAAAUAAUAUUCCAAGAGAAGAUAAACUAUCUGCUAAAAGUAAAAAUAAAAAUUUUAGUGAAUGAACAGUAAGAAUUUUUAGCAUUAUAAAAGAGUAUAAGGCGAAAAGAGGAAAAAAAGAGAUAUCUACGGUCUUAUUUGUAAUGCCUCGUUCUAAUAAAAAGAACUUUUUUUCUCUGAAAAUGAAGAAAAGAAAAAUUACUCUAUAAAUAAUACUUGUAAGGUAAUUACUUCUUUACGAUACCUGCUUGCAAAAUGCUCUAAAAAAAUGCUGGCAGAAUAUAUAAAUAAAGAAAAUCGUGUAUCUAGUCAUUGAAAAAA